AUGGAGGUUGUUGUAUCUUCUAGAGACGAUGGCGCGUCGGAGGUGAUGCAGGAAUGGACUGAGGAUGAGGAGGUGACACGGAUUCGGAGGAUGAAAUCCGGCGAGUGGAUGGGUUCCUCCCCGAGGAAGCCCACUCACGAUAGGAUGAGGAGUGAAGCAAGUUCGGCACACAUGAGGCACUUUCAAAGCGAAAAGACCAAGGGCAGGCAAACAGUUAACUGGCCAUUCGCGAGCGUCACGAGCGAGUCGGCGACCGUUAUAUCGACCCCCGCCAUGCCCGACUUCCCACUGCGGAGGAGGAGACAGACAUGGCAGACGCCCGGCAUAAGGGAUAGCGAUAUCUUCAGCGUCGAUGGAUCCAUUGUUCCGGACUAUGUGAGGAACUACAUUCGGGGAGAGACGCCCGAGUCCCUUGCCAAGAAACGAAAGAACAACGGGCGCUUGGCCGAACGCGACGUCGAACUCAACGAGGACGGAAUGGGCCACAACCGCCUGCAGUCAAGGGCGGGUGAGCUUGGUUUUGGGACUGACGACGGCGGACACUCCACGAUCGGAUCCGACAUGAGCGGUGACGACAGGCGCCAUCUGAUGCGAGGGGCCGGUGGUGACGACCGGGGGAAUAGUGGGUCAUGGGGGAGCUUGGCGGGAGGCUGGAGGGCCGGAGUUUCGGUGAACUUGCUCAUCGCGUUUAUCGUGUUCGUCGGCAGUCUGGCCUGCUUCAUGAUAGCCCUCGCCGGGAGCCAACCGGCAAAACGGCUGCUGACCGACGGGGCAAGCAUUUUCAAUGGGUCCUGCGCCGAGGCGUCCGGUGUCAGCUAUGGCCUGCAUGCGCUUGUCAACGUCGUGGGGCUUGUGGGCAUCGCUGGUGCCAACUACGUCUUCCAGGUCCUCACGAGUCCGACACGUGCCGAGGUCGAUGCUGCUCACGCGAAGAAGCAGUGGCUUGAUAUCGGUAUUCCUUCGCUGCGUAACCUGGGACAUAUUGCUCCCAUGCGGAGUGUGAUGGCCAUGGUCCUUGUGCUGGUGGGCGUAGCAUCACAAGUAAUCUAUAAUUCAUUAAUCUUCACGUCUCAGGCCGGGGUUGGAUACAACCUCGUCUUUGUAACAGAAUCGUUCUUGACCGGAGCCCCAUUCAGCAAUGCAACAUCCAACAACGCAGGGAGGCUGGGACGCCUCGACAUUCUCUCACUGCAAGACCAGGCCAGCCGCAACCAGCUGGUAAACAUGACGGCAAGCGACUGCAUCUUACGGUUCAGCGGCAACUUUGACACAGAAUACAGCUCCGCACUUUUCGUAACACGCCUCGACAACCCGAGCAACUCGCUCGUCCAGACCGCCAGCCCAGCCUCUUCGGUCCGGUUCGGCGUCAACCCGGUGGCGGCAAAAGCCGUAACGGCCGACUCGGCUCCAAUCAACCCCGAUUCCGUGCUGUUUUGCCUGGCUCAGCGGGCAUCCACCGAUGCCAAGACGUGCAGCGUGGUUCUCAACGGAUCUCUUCUCGGGCUUGUGGUGCUUCUCAACUUGGUGACCCUAGUUGUCACUGCCCUGGUCCUGUUCCGGACAUCGAGGGUUUCCAAGCCGCUCGUGACGCUCGGGGACAGUCUUGCAUCGUUUCUCCAGGUGGCGGACGAGACGACGCAGGGUUCUUGCCUAAUGAGCAAGACGGACGUGUUGCAGAAACGCUGGGGUCUCAGGGAGAUCAAGUACUGGGUUCCUACAGCCCAGUACUGGUUCCAAACUGCAAGCCUGCCCCGCUGGGUGUUUAUCUGCUUCACAUGGACCGUCAUGACGGGUCUCACAGCCUCGGCUCUGGCAAUGAACCUGUCGCGCAAAGGCGAAUCGUCAACAGACCGGCCUCUGACAGCGCUCGGCAUGGCUUCGGGAACUGCAGUGUUUCCGCUUGCGUCGGACGUGCCGGCAUUGGGCGCGUGUCUGGUUGCUGCACUCCCGCAGCUGCUGCUAGCCGUGCUGUAUCUGGCCACCAACAGCCUCCUGACCACCUUCUACUUGAGCCACGAGUCGGCACUCUACGCAUCCGGAACCCCCAGGCCCCUGCGCGUAUCUUACCAACCGCAGGGCGACCAAACCACCAGCCUCUUCCUCACGCUCCCCCGUCCGCUCUCCUGGGGUCUUUGUGCCGGCUUUGGGGGCAUGGGCUUCCUGCUGAGCCAGAGCUUCUUCGUCGUGGCCGCCAAACUCGACGGCAUGACCGGCGGCGACAGCAUCGACGCCUCCUCGGAGAUGGUGGGUCUCGGCUUCAGCGACACGGGACUCCUGGCGCUGCUGGCCGUGGUCGUCGCUCUAGGGGCCGGAGUGAUGGGCAUGAGCCUCCGGCGUGCGCCCGGAGCCACCACGGCCGACGGGCAGGCGGCGGACAACCCACUCGUGCUCGAGGCUGGGAGCUGCAGCGCCGUCAUCAGCGCGCGGUGCCAUAACACGGAGCCCGACGAGCCGAGCGACGUUGCCGCGAGGAAGCUGAUGUGGGGAGUCGUCUCGCCCUUGUUCCGAAACGGCAUGGAGGUGGCCCAUUGUGCCUACUCAUCGCGUGGCGUUGAAAGGUUAGGGAUGACGACUGGCUAUGCAUGA